UCAUUCGAUCCAAUAGAGCUUUGCUUCCCUCCGAGGUCUCGUGUUUCCCACCUUUAGCAACAUCAAUCUUUUGUAGAAUCCAUUUGAGCACGGUUUAUCGGGAAGGAGAGGAUGGGCAAAUCAUGGGCGCUCCUCACCCACCUUCACUCCGUCGCCGGGCCAAGCGUUAUGCUGCUCUACCCUCUGUACGCGUCGAUCUGCGCGAUGGAGAGCCCGUCCAAGGUCGACGACGAGCAGUGGCUGGCCUACUGGAUCCUCUACUCCUUCAUCACCCUCCUUGAACUGGUCGCCGAGCCUGUCCUCUACUGGAUCCCGGUGUGGUAUCCGCUGAAGCUGCUCUUCGUGGCGUGGCUGGCGCUCCCGCAGUUCAAGGGCGCCUCCUUCAUCUACGAGAAGUUCGUCAGGGAGCAGCUCCGCAAGUACCGCGGCAGGGCGCGCAAGGGCGACUCCGACCACAAGGUGCACAUAGCCAAGGCUGAGGCGGCUGACAAUGUUCAUAUGUACUGAGGAGAAGGGACCUAGCAGCAGAUUGAUCCACGAGUGUAACCUACUGUUGUGCAGAAUCCUUAAGAUCUUAGCUAGCAGGUGUAUCAUGUACUGUAUCUGAAAUGUGGCAAAACUAGUUAUUACUGCAGUACUUACUCUGUAGAAGUUACUGUACCGCUUCUGUUACUGAAACACUUCCUGUUGUAAGCACAUCGAGAAGUGUAACACACAGUCACUGCGCAUGCUCUGUAU